CGAUUUAAUACCAUGAGAUUAUUGCGAAAUAACGUCACCUCAUAAUUCCAGUUGAUCUUGGGGAGAUAGGCUCAUAAUCGCCCUUCUGUGGAAAAUUUACAUGAUGUGAUGCUCACCGAAAGCUGAUUCCUACAGGUCUUCAGACAAUGCCGUCACAGCCAUCCCCGUUUGAGUUGCUCCCAAAUGAGCUUCUCGACCAAAUUAUUUCCCUUAUUUCUACCCCUCCCCCUUCCUUGAAUGGGCUACACAAGCCACCCAAUACCAAUAUUAUUAGCUCGAAGACCCGUGAUUUAAAAUACCUGUCGCGAACUUGCUCUCGCUUCCUGAAUCUCGUGCGCCCUUUGCUCUUCGCGCAUAGCUGCUUCAACGUGAAAGAUGUGGACGGAUAUCUGUCAUUCAUAUCCAAGUCGGAUCUGGCUCACAAAGUCACCUCGAUUGUGGUGAUAGGAAAGGAUAGUCCUGAAAGCCGUGAAGAUCCUCUGUGGUGGCGACGCGUCCUGGGCUCUAUCGACCCGUUACGCAUCACAGUUGUAGCUCCACCAUUAUUCAUAGGAGCCAUGUUAGGCAUGAAGAUAAUGGAUGGUCACAGCUGGGCGUUUGAGAUUUCAUCUCAAAUCUUGCAUCUUGAGCGCAACCGGCGGACCUCUGGCCCGACAACGGCUUUGCGAACAGAUGGGACACCGAGCUUGCUUGAUGCUCGCCCCUGGUCCUCCAUGCUUUUCAACGAGUCCUCUUCACUCAAGGCAUAUAAUCAUUAUGAGUACUUCCUCUUCCUUGUCCCAUCGCUUUUCACCAGCUGGGGCACGGUAGCGACAAGCGACUCCCAGCUUGACGUAUCACGCCUAUCUAUGUCGCUGCAGAAUAUUACCUCCUUCACCUAUGUGGCGGUGUUCCCAUUUUACAACCAUGUGAAGUUGGUUCAAGAUGCUGUAGGCCUAAUGAAAAACCUGCAGACUCUCAUUAUUCGACUUGGGCCUUCUCGAAAUGAUAGGAUUACAGAGAUUGAACAACGCGGCUCUAUGGAUCCCAGCGACCCCUGGAUGGAGCUAGCUACGGGAUACUCACUCAUUGCUCACGAUGUUAGAGACUCAGGUAAUAUGGGCCGUCUUGAGAAAUUCAUUGCAUGUGACUAUGAGUUUGAUGCCCUCCGGGCUGAAUUAUCUUCCAUACUUGGAGAUAUGCUAGAACAGGGAGGAUGGGCACAUGAUGACAAUGGCACUUGGAUUAAAAAGCCUGUAAAAACAGUUACUUGUGAAGACAACUCAUUGGCUCGGGUAGAGGAUGCUGCAUAGGCGUUUUGAUAGUUUCACCGAUCUAAUAAUACCUACGAAAUACCGGCAACACUAAAAUAGUAUCAUAUGGUUCCUACC